CCGCCCAGAUAUCCAACGCUGCACCACGAUUGGCUGAGCGGAUGCCCAGAUAUCCAACGCUGCACCACGAUUGGCUGAGCGGAUGCCCAAAUAUCCAACGCUGCGCCACGAUUGGCUGAGCGGAUGCCCAAAUAUCCAACGCUGCGCCACGAUUGGCUGAGCGGAUGCCCAAAUAUCCAACGCUGCGCCACGAUUGGCUGAGCGGAUGACAGGACUGAGAGGCGGGACGUGAAAGGAAAAUGGCGGCUGUGAGGCAGGACUGGGCGGAGGAAUUGAGAUCACAAGGUAUAUGGGCGGGGCGAGAGAGUUGGAUACACUUGAGGCUCCGCUUUGUUGGGAGGGGCCGCAGGUUGAGGGCGUGGCGAAGAAUCCAAAAGCUCCGGCACCGACGUUGGGUCUAGGAAAAGGGGCGGCCCGGAGAUUGUAUGGGCGUGGCUAAAGUCGCUGUUUGGCUUCCCUGUGACUGGAGGCGGGGUCUGGUUCAGUAUGGGGCGGGGUCUGGCCUGGAACUGACUGGAGACCGGGGACUAAAGUGAUUUGGGGCAGAAGACCUGGGGCUGUGGGAUGGAGGACGAGGAGGCAGAGGAACGACGGGAGGUCCGGGUUGUGGGCUCCGAACUGGUGGAGAACUACACGGUUUAUAUCAUUCAGCUCCGCGCUGGGAGUUUCCACUGGGAAGUGAGACACCGAUACAGCGACUUCUAUGAUCUCCAUGAGAAGUUGACGGCGGAGAAUAAAAUCGAGAGGAACCUUUUGCCCCCGAAGAAGAUGAUCGGGAAGAACUCGAGAAGUUUGGUGGAAAAGCGGCAGAAAGAUCUGGAAUUGUAUCUGCAGACGCUGCUUGGCACGUUCCCCCUCGCUGUGCCCAAAGCCCUGGCACGCUUCCUGCAUUUCCACCUCUAUGAAAUCCAUGGAAUCGCUGCAGUUCUGGCCGAGGAGCUUUUCCAUAAAGGGGAGCAGUUGCUAUUGGCCGGAGAGGUAUUUACCGUGACCCCACUGCAGCUCUAUGCCGUGACGCAGUUACUCCGACGCGCCAAGCCCACCUGUAGCACCGGCGACGCCAGGAACGACCUGGGGCACAUCAUGGAUUUUGCUUGUAGACUGAAAUACCUCCGGAUCAGCGGCCGGACCGGUCCUGUUGGGACGAGUAAUAUCCAUGAGCAGUCUCUUCCCUGUGACCUCUCCAUCUUCAAAUCCCUCUGUCAGAUUGAGGUCAGUCAGUGCAACGCCCGGCUCCUCAGCGGCCUCACUUCCUGUAGGAGGAGUUUAGCCACCAUCAGCAUCCACUGCUCCGCCUCUUCCAUGAAGGACAUUCUGGUGCCGGAGGCCUAUGACUUUGAGCAGUGGGAGCCGGAGGGAGUGGCCCCUGGGAGCCCCAUUACUGCAGUUGUGCCCAAGUGGAAAGUGCUCACAACUCUGGAUCUGAGCCACAAUCGGAUCUCCUGUAUCGAUGAGUCUGUUAAACUGAUUCCUGAGAUUGAAUUCUUGGAUUUCAGUCACAACGACAUCUCUACAAUAGAAAAUCUGCAGCACCUGUACAACCUCAUUCACUUGGACCUGUCCUACAACAAACUGGCAGACCUGACUGGCAUCUACACUAAGGUUGGGAAUAUCAAGACUCUCAGUCUGGCCGGGAACGUACUGGAAAGUCUCCGCGGCCUCAAUAAAUUGUAUUCACUUGUUAACCUGGAUCUGAGCCAGAACAGAAUUGAGCAGUUGGAAGAAGUAAGGAACAUCGGGGGGCUGCCGUGCCUGGAGGGGGUGCUCCUCGCUGGGAACCCUCUCACUGUCAUUCCGGAUUACAGGACCAAAGUUCUGGCGCUGUUUGGGGACAGAGCGUCUGAGGUCUGUUUGGACAGUACCAGAACCACAGAGAAAGAGCUGGACACGGUGGAAGUGCUGAAGGCCAUACAGAAAUCAAGGGACGCACGGAAUAAAUUGGCUUCUUCUGAGAAAAAGAUCAAUGAGGAAUUGCGACCCUCUGCUGCUGGCUCUUCCUCCCCUGCCCGUGCUUCCUCUUCCUCUCUCUCUCGGCCUAUUAGCUGCAGCCAAGGUGCAGAUUCUAUAGACCUUUCUUUAGCGAAAAGACUGUCCCCAGGUGGAGCCCAACAGAGUGGCUCUGGGGACCCGGCGGCCAAGCAAGAAGCGGAGAGAGGGAAGCCGUGUGAGGGGGAUGUACAGAGAGACGUGUCUGACCCUCCCCCGGGCAGUGGGACCAGUUGCCGGGAAGAUGCCGUUACGUUGGACCAAUGGGGCCCCUGUCCCUGUAUGUCGCUGUAUCAGGGGGACAAGGAGCUGCUCCCCUACAUUUCUGUGCUGAUGGAGGGCGCAUUGAGGGAACCCCGACAUGUCGCUGGGGAGGCGGAGAAUAAGUGGGGGCCCCACAGUUGCGAGUUCCAUAAGACAGAAGACGGUUACUUUGAGAUGGGGCCGGAUACCCAAACGACAGAUGGAACCUUCCCAGCUGCCCCGGCUGUCAGUCACAUAGUGUGGGGUCUCUCGUUCCACAGUCGGGGGGCAGCGGAGCUCAGACCCUUCGCCUCGUGCCUUGUGCUCACCGAUACCCUCGUCGUCUGCUUUGAGCUGGCGCCCGACUCCGCCCCCAACUUACUGCGACUGGUUCUGUGUUUCGCCUAUGGGGACGUCGCAGGAUUUCAUUUCCCCGUCCCGGACAUUUGCCUGAGAGUCAGUUUGGGGGACGGGGAGGAGAGUGUCUUUGUUAUGUCAGACUUGCAGGGCUUGCAGCAACUCUCUGCCUGUUUGAAAGCCCGCUGCCCCCCAAGCCACACCCCUGAGAGGAUUAUUCCUGAACCAAUGAGCUUGCAGGAUUUGCUCCUUUAUAUUUCCGAGGUGCAGCAAGUCGUACUGAGCGAUAGCGACGUAAAGGGAUGUUUCCCGGUGUAUCUGUUUAACGGUGAGGCCGCCGGUGACCCCGCCCAACCAGAGCCUCCAUUUCAUACACAAACAUGGCCUCCAGCUGCCUCCUGUGCUGCACUCCUUUCCAUCAUAUCUACAGGCCUUCAGCCCGGGGGGGAAAGGCUGCUCCCCCAUUGGCUACUCCUCACUCAGCAAUGUUUCAUACUAAUUACAGUCGACAUUAGUACAAUAACCGGUAACCGGGCGGAGUACGCGGGAAAUGCGUUAACGAUGAGCGCCAUUCCCUUGGCUUCGGUUGCGUUGGAGCCGGAGAGUCCCCCUGCUGAGAAUAAGCCCCCCCAGUUUGCCGGACACACUGUCCCUUUAAUGGUGGAUUACAGAGCAGUCAGCGCAUUCUUUGUUGUGCCCCAAAAUAAAUUCCACUUCUUGUCGGUGUUUAACCAGCUGAGAAAGUCCCUUCAGGGGAUAAAGAACUUGGUGAUUUGCAAAUCCAUAAAAAAUCUGGACGAUUCCCAGAGCUGGGUGGGCGACGCCCACAGACCCCCAACGCACUCGCUAAGCCCCGUUGCGCCCCACAGGGCACGGCCCCCCCAGUACCCAUCAGAGAGCCUGACACAGAGAUUAUCAGAGGAAAACCACAUUCCCUUCUACCUUCCUGCAUCGGCCUCGCUGCGCUUCAUUGCUGAACUGAAGGGGAAGGCGCUGGUGGAGCUGUUCCGUAGCUGCGUUGCCGAGGCAGAGGGGGAGGAGCUGAGGCAUCUCACGUGGGCAUCACUGCUGCUUUAUGGGACCCCCGAUACAGAGUUUCCAUCCUGCAUUUUACUUUCAACACAAGCUGUUUAUUUUCUCUUGGAUGAUACUCAGAACCCCAAAGAAGAAGAUUAUUGGAGGAAGAGACCAGCGCGCAGCCCCCUCCAGAUUUCCUUCUGUUUCGCCAUCAAAUUCAGCAGUUUACAGUCCGUCAAUAUCGGACUUUUUGAUCAGUAUUUCAGGAUAACAGGUUCUUCCCCCAGUCAGGUGGUCACGUGUCUGACCAGGGACAGUUACAGCACCCACUCCUUCAUCCAGCAGCUCAUGUCUGCCCUGUCCCUCCUGGCACGGGCCCCGUCCCCCGAACCCCUGGAGAAGGAUUUCUACUCGGAAUUUGGUACAAAGAACACGGGGAGAAUGGAAAACUACGAACUGAUCCAUUCCAGCAGAGUGAAAUUCGUUUACCCAAACGAGGAGGAGAUGGGAGACCUGACGUUCAUAGUGUCGGAGAAGAUGGACCCUUCCAGCCCCAUCCAGUCGCUAAACAUUCUGCUGUACGUAUUGGGCUUCCGGGUCUCUUGUGUGGGCAGAACCGACCCGCCGCCCUCCCUGCAGCCCAACAGCCUCAUCCUCACCAGCUCCGACCUGUUUCUGUUCAAUGAGGAUUAUAUCAGUUACCCGCUGCCAGACUUUGCCAAGGAACCCCCCAAGAAGGACAAAUACCAGUUAGUUGAUGGGAGGAGAAUCAGGGAUUUGGACCGGGUGCUGAUGGGAUACCAGACCUACCCUCAGAACCUCACCUUGGUGUUUGAUGAUGUUCACAAGCAGGAUUUCAUGCACAGCGUCUCUCUCGAUCACUUUGGGGAGACGCUGGGGGGCUCUCCCGGGGCUGUGGGAGCCAAUAAAGAGAUCCAGUGGAACAUUUUUAUCCCAAGCGCAGACUCCCGGGAGAAGCUGAUCUCUCUGCUCGCCCGCCAAUGGGAGAGCUUGUGCGGCAGGGAGCUUCCCAUCGAACUCACCGGCUAAUAGAACGGCAAAAUAUUAUAUAUAUAUAUAUGUAAAUACAGUAUAUACAGCUGGGAUUGUAUCAUG